AUGCUCGGACAGUUCCACAAGUUAGAAGCUUUCCAGAGCGUCCUGCACAGAAACAAUGAUCUUGCGAUCAUUGACCCCUUCACCUGCUUACUGUCCCCUCUGCCUGGGACCGGCCGCCCUCCUGAAAAAUGCCGCUCAAGGCAAACGCCUAGUUUGCCUCGUGAUAGAUACGCCCCUGCCCUCGAUAGUGAAAACUGCCAGAUGUGUCCUGAAGAUCAAUGGCCUAAUGAGGCUAGAAAUAUUUGUGUUGCCAAAUGUUAUGAGUAUUUGUCAUAUGAGAAGGACAUUGUGGUUGUAUUUCUUUCUGCAUUUUCAGUCAUAUUUUCUGCUACAUCUCUCUCUAUACUUGGAAUGUUUGUUUGGUUUCGGAGCACUCCCAUAGUCAGAGCCAAUAACAGGAACCUCAGCUUCAUUCUGCUCUUCUCUCUCAUGCUGAGUUUCCUUUCUGUUUUCCUGUUCCUUGGACAUCCGGUGGAUAUAACUUGUAUGCUGCAACAAGUCUUCUUUGGAAUUGUCUUCACAGUCUCUCUGUCUUCUAUCCUAGCCAAAACCAUCAUGGUUUUUAUUGCUUUUAAAGCCACCAGACCUGGAAGCUCCUGUAGGAAAUGGGUGGGAGUCAAACUUCCCAAAACAGUCCUGUUGUUCUGCUCAUUAAUUCAGGUUAUGAUUGGUGUUUUCUGGUUGUCCAUCUCUCCACCAUCUCAAGAGUAUGACAUGCACUCCUAUCCUGGGAAGAUCAUCAUUCAGUGUAAUGAAGGGUCAGUUAUCUGGUUUUACUCUAUGUUGGGUUAUAUGGGGUUUCUGGCAGCUGUGAGUUUUGUUCUGGCUUUCAUGGUGAGGACAUUACCAGACAGUUUUAAUGAGGCCAAGUACAUC